UUCACUCAACACUUCCACGGCAUUACAGAUUAGGUGCAAAACAAGAUCCUAUGGCGGUCGACGUCUGGCAGAGGGGAUCGGCAACCCCCCAUGCGCCAUGCACUCAGCAGACAAUGUUCGUCGGUAAGGUAAGUCCUUCUGUUGAUGUUACAGUUCUGACUCUCGUUCUGCGAUCUGUAACUUAACGCCUCACCAAUAUGGCUGCUGCUGGUCGCGUUGCCUUUGUGACUGGCGCUGCUGGUGGCAUUGGUAAGGCCACCGCCCACAAGCUUGCACGUCGUGGGAUCUCUGUCGUGCUCGCCGACAUGAACGAACACGAUGGAGCUCAAGUCGCCCGUGACCUCGCUCAGAAGUGGAAUGUUCGCAGCAAGUUCCUCAAGGUGGACAUCACGCAGGAGCAGGCGGUAAAGGAGGCAAUAGCCGCUGCAACGGAGUGGACUGGACGGCUGGACUAUGCUGCCAACUGUGCAGGGAUCUGCGAGUCGAUCUGGGCUGAGGAAGAGAGUAUAACAACGGAGUUGUUCGAGAGGACACAUGCCAUCAACACUCGCGGGCUGUGGCUUUGUCAAAAGUAUCAGGCGCUACAGAUGAGGAAGCAGGAACCCUUACCCAUCUCCUUCGACCCGCCUUGUCCGCACAACAUCCCAGGCCAACGAGGAGCCAUUGCCAACGUCGUAUCCAUCUCCGGCCUUCAGGCGGCGGGCCUCGCCGCCUAUACUCCCAGCAAAUAUGCAGCUAUUGGCGUCACGAAGAACGGAGCCAAGUUCUACGGUCCUGACGGUAUCCGAGUAAACGCGCUCUGUCCAGGAUGGACUUUGACGACCAUGGUAGAACACAGCAUGGGCAAAGAAGGCACCGUGGGCACAAAGGAGAAUAAAGAGUCGCCGGUCAGCCAACAAAUUGCUUUGCGAAGAAUGGCGUUCGCUGAAGAACAGGCCAAUGUUCUGAGUUUCUUGCUGAGUGACGAGAGCAGUUACAUGAAUGGAUCUCUGCUGGUCUGUGACGGAGGCUUCCACGAUAUCAGAUAGCCUCAAUCAGUCCACCGUGCUAGGAAUCAAGAUUUUGUAGCAUCUAAAUGCCUCUUAUUCCAC